AACGUCGCAACUUAUGUUCUGAUGUCUUCCUCCCCCUGUUCUGCUCAAAACCCUUGCCGACGUCUCUCACCCUUCCCCUGGUUUCGCCCAAAUCCAUCGCCUUCCUGAACACGCUCCCGAUACAGUCGCGGUUAGGGCUACUGCGAAGGCAACAACGGGAUCGCAACGUACAAAGACCUCCGAAACUUCCAUCUUUCUCCUUCUUCCACUCCGCUCCUACCAGUAACCAUUGAGGAAGGGAAUCCCGCUCAAAUCCUGCUACCAAACAGCCCCAAAUGGUGGAGCAAGAGGGAAUUAGAGGCACCGUUAGCCGACGAGAAAAGAAGAAGAGGAAGAAGCUGGAACUGGCGAUGGAAGUCUUAUCGGAAACUGGGGAUAGAAUGGCUCCCAUCGUCGGCUACUUCCCAUCUGGCUAUGAUCCUCUUGCUGCUGGCGCUGACCCUGACGUCAAUGUCUAUAGGAACAAGAGCAAGCCCAAUCGCCUUGAACUAGUGGUACGUCCACCUGACUGCAACGUUGAGUUUGUUGGCAAGAGCUACGCCGGCGAGGCUGCCAUGCCGCAGCUAUGCACGUAUGCCCUCGGUGUUCUUGAUAAGGAAACCCAGACUUUGAAGAUUGUGCCCAUUGCUGCCAACAAGAUCCUCAGGCUGGAGCCUAGGCUUGUCAAUGGUGAUGGAGAGCGCACAGAAGCGGGUGAAGAAGUCAUUAUUGAUGAGAAUAAGGAGCAUCCGAUGGCAGAGCUUACUCAACUCUAUGGUACAAAGAAGGCUAAGAUGGUUGCAAGUAAGUGGAAAUCAAUAAAACGAAAAGUGGAUGAUCCUUCUGUUCUUGGGUCCCUUGAAGUUGGAACAGAGAGUAACUUGAACGAUGAAGCUUCGAAAGAUAUUGAAGAACCAUUGGUUCGUAAUAUUCCUCCUUAUGAUGCCUCUGCUGUGACACCACACAAUGCGUACCCCUUACAUAAGAUUAUACUAAAAGGAGAAAGAUCUUACCUUAAGGAUAUUUUGGAGACGUUGAAAUCGGAGCCUAAUGAUGGUUAUAAUUCCAAAUUUUGGGAGGAGAAUCACUACCCAUGUUUUGUUAUACAUCGAUUGAAUAAGCUAAGGGAUAUGCAGGAUGAGGCGGAGAAGACUCAAUUUGCAUCUAUAUUAUCAUACAUUACUCACCUUAUAAACUUCCGGAAGGUUGCGGAAUCCGUUCGAUGGAAAUCUUAUCGUGAUUAUGACAAAGCAAUGAGCGAAUUCAUGAUUCCAAACGUCAUAUUUCAUCGGUUUCUUUCGAUCUUCUUGGAUCCAAUCUCAAAUGUUCUUUCAUCCACAAAGAGCCAACUCCUCAUUUCCUACAUCUUAGUUCUCACCCUCCAUGCGGACGACUUUCGGACCGAUUCGGCCGACAUUGAGAAGGAUUUGGCUAUGACUAGAGCUUCACUUAAACCAUACUAUCUGCAGUUGGGAUGUCAAGUUUACAAAGAAGGCCCCUUUAAGAAAUCUCUGAUGACUCUUCCUGUUCCAUUAGUUUUCAAGGCGCAGAAGAGGAGAGUUAGAUGGUAAUUUUCUGAUAUUUAAUGGCUGUGUAUUGAGGUUUUAUACUUUUCAAUGAAUGAUUAUCAUUUUUUCUGAAAUUUUGUUAGCCAAGAUGAGCAACAUUUUGUAACUUUUAUCAAAGUUUGGGGUGUUUGAACGAGUUUCUGUAUUUGUACUUCGCUUUGUAUUCCAU